CAAACCUGAAGCCAGAGUAGGUGGACCAGACGAAGUGGACAGUAAAACGCCGCAAAGAUGGGGAAAUGGGACGGCUGUUGCGUACCGGGAUGCGGUUCUACAAGAACAAACAGCCCAAACCUUAGCUUUUACCGACUGCCAGAGAAACCAACCAGAAAACAACUCUGGCUAAGAGCCAUAGGGAAAGUGUGUACUUCAAAACUAUGGAAACCUAGUAAGACAGCAAAAAUAUGUUCCAUGCACUUUAUCAAUGGAACAAAAUCGGACACCCCUGGCACAUCUGGGUAUGUACCAACCAUUUUUGAGCAGAUAGAAUUAGAAGGUGACUGCAAGAGCAGACAGAAGAACGACAGAACAACGGUACUGAAAGCAACAACAACAACAGCAACCGUAAGUCAGCCUGAGACAGUGAGUCAACCAACAGUCAACCCUUCUGUUGAUGACGAAAUCAGGAGUGAAAUGUCAAGAGAUGAUGAAGAUGUGCCCCGGUCCAAUGGACAUGACUAUCUGAAGACUAUGGAAGAUACCAGUACAACGGUGGACUUUGAGGAGUACGUAAGGUUGCGAGUGGAAAUGGAGGAAAUGAAGGCAGAGGUUGAAAAACUGAAGAAGGCUUGCCUGCGCCUUGACAACAUAAAGGACAAUAAUGACAAAUUCAGGUUCUGGACAGGUUUUCCGAACUAUGGAACAUUCCAGGCUUUGUUUGAAUACCUGAAACCAAAGGCUGCAGGGAUGAAAUACUGGAGAGGGGGCGCCACGUUGGAUAGCGAACACUACUCGUACCGCUACUCAAUGAAGCCUGGACAAAGAAGAACUCUGACAUUGGAAGAGGAGUUCUUCGCUGUAAUGGUGCGUUUGAGAGUCGGACUGUUGGUGAAGGACAUCGCAGCCAGGUUCCUGAUAAGUGAGUCUACUUUUUCAAGGCUCUUUACGUCUUGGAUUAACUUGAUGUACCAAGAACUGAAAGGUAUGUUCGAACUCCCAAGUAGGAAAGUUGCCCAAGAAGGAAAGGCACGUUGUUUCAAUCUCUUUCCAGAGGUCUAUAUCACUGUAGAUUGUACAGAGUUGUUCACUGAGAAACCUUCAGACUUAGAUACUAGAAAGCAGCUGUAUUCAAACUAUAAACACCAUGAAACUGUAAAGUUCUUGAUUGGAGUUAGCCCUUCUAUGGCAGUAAUCUAUUGCUCACCAUGCUAUGGAGGCAGGGCAUCAGAUAAGUACAUCACAGGAGCCAGCGAGGACCUCUUACAGUCACUUAAACCUGGAGACAGUGUAAUGGCUGAUAAGGGGUUUACUGUUGAGUGUGAACUAGCUGAAUUAGGUGUUAAGUUGCUAGUUCCUGAUUUCAAAGGAGUGGGUCGCUCCCAGCUGACAAGUGCUGAGGUUGAAAGGUCAAAUGGAAUCUCCAAGGCCCGGGUACAUGUCGAAAGAAUAAUUGGUCGAAUAAAGAGAUUUCAUAUCCUGGACGGACAGUUGAAGCUGUCAAUGAGCAACAGCUUGGAACAAAUUUUUGUCGUGUGCGCAUAUCUAGUGAACUUUCAAACACCUGUUGUGAGGAAUGAUGGUGUAAAUGGCACACAGUAACUGCAUACUUUACAAACUGGUUUAAAAAGCAUUCCUCAAAGACAGUUUCAUCUGCCAUUUUCAACGUGUAUACUAGUAUGUCCUAACAUUGUAACUUCUGAACACAAAUGACAAUGUAUCCACAAACUUGAAAAGACAAAAAUUGUCUGAAGUUUUCUAUUUUAUUUCGAUAUCUUGCAUAAGAUAAUAUAGUAUCUCUUUAUUUCUUCUUCAACUUUGUACAUGUACAAAAUGUAUAAGUAAUGCCUUUUUGUACGGAGUCACGGGAGUAUUGUAAAUUGCCACCAAUGUGUCUUUUAGGCAACUAAAUAUCGAGAUGUAAUGUACUUUUGGUUUGAUUCCACUAUUCCAUCUGUUACUUGCCCUUGCUUUCAUAUUUACAUUUGUACUAAUGCUUGUGAAUUGUCUCAUGUCUGUAGGCAACAAGAUCAAACAUCUAAAUAUAGAAGAAAAAGGCUUAAGCUUCCUAGUAAAGUUCUCUAUUUCUUUGGUAAUAAUACUAACUGUUACAGCAGGAUACAGACUUGUUGAGGAUACUUAGGGGUUUUUUUUAAUUGUUAAUUAAGCCAGACUUUUUUUCACUACACAUACAUUGCAACUAUCUCAAAGGAUACUUUUCUCUCUAAUAGGCAUAUUAUGUUUGCUGAAAAGUUGCUUGUUAAGAACAGUUAAAAAAGAAACAACAACAACUUUUGAA